CAGGGCCAAGUCUGUAGAUUAUGCACUGCCCGAUACCUGUGUCCCACUUCAUGUCAGAGGGUGGAGGGUUAUGGAAGGUGCUUUCACUAGCCAGAGAAAUACUUGUAAAGUUUCUUCCCUUUGGUUUUGUUGUGUGUGUGGUUUUGUUUUGUUUUGUUUUGUGUUACUACGUAUGAAACCCAGGGUCUCAAGUGUGGAAGACAAGCAUUCAGCCAUUGAGCUACACCCUCAAGUCUGCUUUUGGGUUUGUUUGUUUGAGACGGUCUCCUAAAUUGCCAAGCCUGGCUUUGAACUUGCUAUCUUCCUGCCUCAGCCUCCCUAGUGGCUGAGAUUAUAGGCCUACCAUACCCCACCCAGCAGUAGUUGGUUCCUCUACUGACCUCCUGAACAUUGCACAUGGGGCCUGGCAAACUAUCUUCCUGCCAGGUCUGCCUGUUGUCAACAAGGCUACUCAACAUAAAUGAUACCCAUCUGAUUACCUUCUCUAACUCCAUUCUCUGAGCAUCUUCAGCUUCCUGUGCUUUAACUUUAUCCAGUGUGAAUUAACUCAUUAGGUCAAUGAAUGUUUACUUUCUACUGUGUACCACGCCAGUGUUCUAUCUGGAUAGGCAGUCAGUCAGAAAACAGUUGAAAGUUCUUGUAUUCAUGGAGCAUCCAAUCUAGUAAUCACACCAUACUGUAAUCUCUUGUUCCUAGGUCAACCUCUGCUACCAAAUUUAGAGUUCCUGGAAGACAGGGGCAGGUUCUGACUCUUCUCUGUGACCUAAGCCACUGAAGACUUGAAUUUUCAGGUUAUUCCCCCUAAGGACUCCCCUACCUGGCCUGUACUCCUGCGUUCCCUAAGCAGGAGCCUCUAUCCCAGGCACAGGUAAGGACCAUGUCCCCUGCAAUUGCGCUGGCAUUCCUGCCACUGGUGGUGACAUUGCUGGUGCGAUACCGGCACUACUUCCGACUGCUCAUGAGAACUGUCUUGCUGAGGAGCCUCCGAGAUUGCUUGUCAGGGUUACGGAUUGAGGAGCGGGCCUUCAGCUAUGUGCUCACCCAUGCCCUGCCUGGGGAUCCUGGUCAUAUCCUCACCACCCUGGACCACUGGAGCAGCCACUUCGAGUACCUAGGCCACAUGGGGCCUGUCAAAGGUCAGAUCCUAAUGCAGCUGGUGGAAGAGAAGGCCCCUGCUUGUGUGCUGGAGCUUGGCACCUACUGCGGAUAUUCCACACUGCUUAUUGCCCACAUCCUGCCCCCUGGGAGUCGCCUUCUCACUGUGGAGCAGGAUCCACGCACAGCAGCAGUGGCUGAGAAAGUCAUCCGCCUGGCUGGCUUCGAUGAGCACACGGUGGAGCUCAUUGUUGGCAGCUCAGAGAAGGUGAUUCCAUGCCUACGAGCCCAACAUCAGCUGAGUCAGGCAGACCUGGUGCUCCUGGCACACCGGCCCAGAUAUUACUUGCAGGACCUGCAGCUGUUGGAGGCCCAUGCUCUGCUGCCAGCUGGUGCCACUGUGUUGGCUGACCAUGUGCUCUUUCCUGGUGCACCCCGCUUCCUGCAGUACGCCAAGAGCUGUGGCCACUACCAUUGCCGCCUGCACCACACUGGCCUCCUAGACUUUCCUGCCAUUAAGGAUGGCAUAGCCCAGCUCACCUAUGCUGGACCUGGUUGAGGUCCAGGACGAGAAGUAUUUACUUAUUCACUCCCAUCUCCACCCAAGAACAUCCCCUUCCCUCCCUAUUUGGUGCCCAACACAUGCUGGGCUCAUGGUUGGGGAGGCCAACUCUGCCCCUUUCCAGCCUCCACACUGAUCUGAAGCGUCAAAUCCUAUCAGACUGCCUGGUCCCACUGGUCCCCUUCCUUGUAGAGAGCCAUGGACUUAGACCAAGAGGCCCAACUUCCCAAGCCAGCUGUCUGGUUUGCUGGGCGACUCCAGGCAAGUCCUGCCCUGCUCUGAGAUUUAAUUUGCUCCUUUAACACACUAAGAUAGCUAGCUAGGAGAGUGCUAAGGCCUCCUAGCUCUGUGCCUCAGGAAACCUCCCCUCACCAGCCCUGACGUCAUGGGCAGGAUUAAAGGAAAUACCAGAUAAGUGGCCCUGCAGGAAUGGCUGGGUGCAAGCUGGUGCACAGAAGCCAG